CUCCAUCCAUCUUUGUUUACUUCUCAUUUCUAAAUUGACUGUUAAUGCUAUUUCCUUCGUCACUCUUUACAAUUUGUUCCUCUCCCUCUACUUCUAUUUUUCUAGACCUUGUUUCCUGGAAUUGUUUAACCAGCAAUUUCCUGUACUCUCCAAUGUUUUGCCUCGUAAUAUUCUCUCUGACGUAAGGGUUUGGUUUAAAUGUUUCCUAAAGUAAAGUUGAGUUCUUUUCAGAUUGUAUUCGGGUAUGAGAUUACUGUAACCAUCUUAUAAUUUCCAAAUUUGGUUUAUCGUCAGUGCAAUAUUUUCAACUGAUGCUACAAUUCCUUCUUCAUGUAUGGGUUAUUGGCUCUUUGCAUUGUAGUUGGCUGCUAAUUGACACUAAGGUUGUAUCUUACAUUGGUAGAAAAAGUCUAUGAAUUAUUGCUGUUCAUCUGGUUCUGUUGAAUUCAGUGGAAGUCUAUGAUCACGGUUUAAGCUUUAAAACCCUAUAGGAGUUCCGUCAAUGAAAUUUACUGACAAUAAGUUAUUGGGUAUGCGCCCUUUUUACUGAGAGCUAGGGAUAAUCUUUGCUUAGAGAAAAAUUCUGUCUAUAUUCAGCAAAGCUUGUAAAUUUUGGAGUUGGGAUGAGCUUAGGAUUACUGCAUGCAACAUUCUUGUUUAUCUUGCAAUCAUAUUGGGAAAGAAAGUUUUUCCAUUUUAGUUUCAUUACUAUAAGCAAGCUAAUAUUGUUAUUACUGGGGAAGCAGCAGCACCCAUUUAUGGCCAGCGUUGAAUGGAUAGAUAGGAUAAUAUCUGAAGGGGCCGUUCCACUUCUUGAGCCAGACAAUUGUUCAAACGGUUGGGCUACACCUCCUGGUGAUGUAUUCAUGGUCAGAGGCCCUGAGUAUUUUAAGACAAGGGUUAAGAUUCCUGCUGGUGAUUAUCUGCUGAAGCCUCUUGGUUUUGAUUGGAUAAAAAGUUCUGUGAAAAUUGGGGAGAUAUUAAACGAUCCAAAUAGUAGAGUUAGGAAGGUCAUAGAUGAUGAGUUUCCAGCAGCUGAAAAACCCUUUGUAUGGGCCUUCAAUAUUCAAGUUCCAAACAAGGAUAACUAUAGUGCCAUUGCUUAUUUUACAACCAAAGAGAGAGUUCUUGAGGAUUCCCUAGUGGACAAAUUUCUGAAGGGUGACAAUGCAUUCAGAAACUCAAGACUAAAGCUGAUUGCCAACAUUGUAAAAGGUCCUUGGAUUGUUAGAAAAGCUGUUGGAGAACAGGCUAUUUGUGUGAUUGGGCGUGCCCUUUCGUGUAAAUAUUGCACAGGAGAGAAUUUCAUUGAAGUAGAUAUUGAUAUAGGAUCUUCCAUGGUUGCAAGUGCAAUAGUUCAUUUGGCAUUUGGUUAUAUUUCAACUCUGACUGUUGACUUGGCUUUUCUUAUUGAGAGCCAAGAUGAAUCAGAGCUUCCUGAAAAAAUUUUAGGUGCUUUCAGAUUUUCUGAUCUUGAUCCUGCUUCAGCUAGAUCAGUUGAACCAUCAUCUGCUUUGAACUGUGACGAUGUACAAACAUCUUUACCUACUAGAUUGUGGAAGUCAAUUGGACAGGGCUUUUCCCAUAUUCUUCAUUCAGGUCCUCAGGAAGAUGGUUCCUCUUCUGAUUCACAACAUGCUAAAAUUGUAGCAGAUCACAAAGAUAAUACAACUGAAGUAAAAAACUGAUAUAUUGGAGGAAUUGAAAGGGUGUGGAGUUCCAUUUGAGAUGAUUAUUCUUUUAGCCAUUUUUUUAUUAUUCAGUUCAUAGCAUCUGUUGUAUUACUUGAUUCUUUCCUAUGUCAGUAUUUUGUAAUACUACAGAAACUUAGAAACCUUAAGAGUGGCUACAUUUUUUAGCUGGACUGUUAUGUAUAUCCUUUAAAGUAAAUUCUACUGUUUAUAGUUGAUGGGUUA